AUGAAAGAUGCUGCUGAUGAUGAUGACGAAGAAGUUGCAGAUGUCAAUGAAGAGAAUCCUGAUGCAGAUUUUGAAGGAAAAUCAAAGAGUGCUUUCAUUGGUGAAAGAAAGAUUUCAGAUAUGGACGAUGAUAUGAUGAUGAAUAGAGAAAUUGAAGAAGAUGAAGAUGAUGAUGAUAUUAAGAUGGAAGAAAUUGGAAACACAGACCUUGAUGAAAAUGAAACCGCACCUCCAAUGACCUUGGAAGAAGCACGUGACUUGUGGAAGAAUAGUGAAUUAGCAACUCAAGAAUUGGCAUCUGGUUUAUGUGAACAAUUGCGUCUUAUUUUGGAACCUACUUUGGCUACUAAAUUGAGAGGUGAUUACAAGACUGGUAAAAGAUUGAAUAUGAAGAGAAUUAUUCCUUAUAUUGCAUCUGAUUUCAAAAAAGACAAGAUUUGGUUAAGAAGAACCAAACCAUCAAAGAGACAAUAUCAAAUUAUGAUUGCUGUUGAUGAUUCUAAAUCCAUGAGUGAAAGUAAGUCAACUGAAUUAGCGUUCCAUAGUAUUGCAUUGGUUUCAAAAGCAUUGAGUCAGUUAGAAAGUGGAGGAUUGUCCAUUGUCAGAUUUGGUGAAGAUGUCAAGGUUGUUCAUCCAUUUGAUAAAGCAUUUAAUUCUCAAGAGACGGGGGCUAGAAUAUUCCAAUGGUUUGACUUCCAACAAACAAAGACAGAUAUGAAACAAUUAUGUAACCAAUCAUUGCAAAUAUUUGAAGAUGCUAGAUCUAGUAGUCAAUCUGAUUUAUGGCAGUUACAAAUUAUUUUAUCGGACGGUGUUUGUGAAGAUCAUGAAACUAUUUUAAGAAUGGUUAGAAAAGCUAGAGAAGAAAAGAUUAUGAUGGUUUUUGUUGUCAUUGAUGGUAUUAAUAGUAAAGAAUCAAUUAUGGAUAUGCAACAAGUAAGCUAUGUUCCUGAUGUAAAUACUGGUGCAUUGAAUUUGAAGGUUGACAAAUAUUUGGAUUCAUUCCCAUUUGAGUUUUACGUUGUUGUUAAGGAUAUUAAUGAGUUACCUGAAAUGCUUGCUUUGAUUUUAAGACAAUAUUUCUCUGAAGUGUCAUCAUUGUAA